ACCCCUCCAGAUCUAAUCUCCCCACCAAAACGUUUCGAUUCACCAGACCUCCGCUGUCACCUCAAUUUGGUUCGAACACGUAACGAGCAUCCUCCUCAAAUGACUGCUACCUGAUGUGACAGGCAACCAUAUUUGGUUCGCUCGGUCAAAACAUCCACGCAAUCUCCCUUCCCUCAAUUGCUCCGAUCGACUUCACACUCUUCCCCGCAAGACAUGGUUUCCUGAGGGUCGGACUCCGUGCUCGUUUGGAUUAUGAGCGCUGUCAGUAGGUUUCUCAGUCGGCGGGACAAGAAGUCAAAGCGGACGAGCAACGAUGGCAGGCAAGGCUCUCCGAAGGAGAUUUACGAUGUGUUUACCCUCCCCGGCGAAGAGAAGAAGAAAAAGCACCAUGAGAAACAUGAGAAACACGAGAAGCAUGAGAAACACGAGAAGCAUGAGAAACAUGAACAAGAGAAGGUCAAAACCAUACUUCAACGUCUGACCACCGAUGGGAUCGUGGCUAUCCGAGAGCCCCAAGCAGAAUACGCUCUCCGUGCAGAGUCGGUCAAAGGGGACGUGGACAAGGCUGUCGAGCUCCUCAUGAUCUUGGAAGACUCCGUCAAUGGGGGAUUCCGCAGCUUCAACUGGAACCGGAACCUGGUUGGCGCCGUGAACCGCGACAACGUCACCUGCUACCUGGAUUCCCUUCUGUUCUCCAUGUUCUGUCAACUUGACAGUUUCGAACCGAUGAUCAGCGACCACUCCCAAGCCCCAGAACGACGCCGGCUCGCCGCUCUGAUUCGAUUAUGGGUGAACAUGUUAAGGGGGGGAUACCUAAUCUCCAAGGACAUUACCGAACAUAUACAAAAUGCCCUUGCCGCCUGCGGUUGGACGGACGCGUCAAAAACCAUGCAACAGGACGUCUCCGAAGCGUUUGCAUUCAUCACGGAGCAGAUGGGACUGCCGCUCCUCACCCUGAAAGUGGACCUCUACCACACCGGCAAGGAAGACGCGAAGGAUGACCACAAGGUCGUGAACGAACGGAUUCUGGAGGUCGCUGUGCCCGAUCCACCCCACGAUGGGAGCACGCUGACCCUCGAGGGGUGUCUUGAAUCCUAUUUCAACAGCCGGGUCGAAGUGCGCAGGCAUCUCCACCGCCGAAACACCCUCCAGUCCGUCCGAUCGUUCGACGACGAGAAGGGGAGGUCUUCGUACGUCGAGACCCGGGAGGUGGCCCAGUCGGAGACACCUACACCGAUAGCAGCACCGCAUGGGGGCAUGCACCUCCCUUCUCCUGGAUCCCCUCACACCCUCCCGCAACACGAUAGCAUCUUUGGAUUUCGACGUGAACCGACUAUACCAAUAGACAAGAAGGAGCGAGCACGAGACGAUUGGACAGUCUCCUACGCUCACCCAGUCGUCCAGAGGUUCAAGCGAGAAGUGCUAAUGCAAGCGUGGCAAUUCUUUAAACUGAUCCCUUGGUCUACUGCGGAUACUGUUCCACAGACGGAUGAGCAAGUCGCCGCUCACUUUGCGUCGAAUCGUCCGGUUCUCGGGAUCUGUCUCAAACGAUACUCCGUGGCGGCCAACGGUGAGCGGACGCGGAAAACCACCCGUAUAGAUAUUCCUUUAAAACUAGCGAUACCCCAUUUUAUUUCGGAAGCGGAUUAUGAGCGCGAAGAACCGUACUUCAAAGACUUCCGGCUGAUGCUCGAAGCGGUGAUCUGCCAUCGCGGCAAAUCCGUGGAUUCAGGCCAUUACAUAUGUUUAGUGCGACCCACCGUCGCGGGACGAAAACUCUCGUCCACCGAACCUGGCGUCGAGUCGAAAUGGAUGCUUUUCGAUGACCUCGAGGUGAAUCAGCGGGUUCGAUGGGUGGACAUCCACCAAGCCUUGGAAAACGAACUUCCCUACCUCCUAUUCUACCGUAUCCUUCCUGUGGAAGACACCGAUUACGAUAGCCCUCCAUCGUACGCCGAGGCCAACGGCCAUCUUCCCAUCCCCAAAAUCCCACAGAUCAUCCACUCUCAACUCACCACCCCGAUGACCAUGACCGACCCCAGCGUCGACACCUUCGCGACCAGCCUCGCCGAAUCCACCACUGACCCCGACCCCAACCCCGCCACAACCGACUCUCUCCAAUCUUCCGGCCGCCCCUCUACCUCCAGCAAUCACCCGCACAGCCUCACCUUCGACGAACCCCCCCACCUCGAUGGCACCCUCCUCGCCGCCCUCGACGCGCGCGGCCGCACUGCACCCACCACCCCCGCCGACGAAACCCGGUCCACCUUCCUCGGCAUGCCGCGCCUCGGCCGGAAAAUCCGCAGCGCCGCAACCGACACUGAUACCCCGCCACCCCGCCGCGCCAACCCCAGCACGCAGAGCGAGGAACAUCGGCUGAGCCUGUCACUCUCGCGGUUGCAGAAGAUGAGCGCCGAGCGGCUGUCACUGAUCGGGCAGUGGUCGACGAGCGAGAGCGAGGCGCCGGAUGCGGGUGCUUCGGUUGCGCGGUCGUCGGACGACGGGGGGGGGAUGAAUGAUGGGGGAAAAGGGAAGGCGGUGGAGCGGACGCCGCGGGGGUCGUCGGCCGAGGGGAGCGUGGAGCCGCGGGAGAGGGAGAAGGAGAAGGAGAAGGAGACGGGGUUGCGGCGGUUGAAGUCGACGCGGAAUAGGAAGAGUAAGUUGCGGUUAAGGAGCAUGACGCGAAAGGCGCCGACGGAUCCGGAUGAUGCGGGGGAGGGGUCCUCGAAGUCGUCGGAGCGGGAGUGCAGCAUUAUGUGAUGGCGGGUUUCUCUAGCAUGGCGUGGCGUUUGGGUAGGUCGCAAACAGGGGAGGGUGGCAUGACGACGUGCAGAGGCGCCAGGAUACCACGCACGCGGCAUGUACAUUCAUGAUCAUUACGGCAUUGACGAGGGUUUGGCUAUGCAGCAUUCGAGGAGACGCAAGCGGUCUCGCUAGCGGGAUUGGGGCGUUUAUUGAUUUUUGA